CCCGACUUGCCAUCCUUGGGAGAUUUAAGCAUUCCUUUGGCAGUGUUUCCCUUAUCCCAUCACAGUCUCACUCACUACUAUGGCAGCUCGCUCGGUACUUAUCACCGGAGUCUCCGGAUAUAUUGGAGGCACGAUUCUCUCUUCACUGCGUGAAGUUCAAGGACCAUGGACAGCACGACUAGAGCUCGCAGCCCUGGUGCGAAGCGACUCGCAGGCCGACACGGUGCAGAAACUAGGCGUUAAGCCGGUCAUGUUUUCCAGCUUCGAUGAGACAGAGUUGCUGGAGAAGAUCGCCGCCGACUUUGAUGUCAUCAUCCAUGCCGGCGCAGGCUGGCACACCCGCUCGGCCAAAGCGCUCAUCACCGGCCAGAGCAUGAGGAAGACCAAAACCACCGGUUCGGUCCACUAUAUUCAGAUCUCCGGAACGUCCAAUCUCAGUGAUCGACCCCACACAGACGGCUAUACUGACACCCACUGCUUCUCUGACGAGGAAGAUAUCUACUCCUUUGAGAAGUACCGUGAGUUCCGUGAGGUUUAUCACCAGCGCACCACGGAUACUACUGUGAUUGAGACGGGUGAGGCGGUUGGAGUGACCACAUAUAUUAUUAUGGCGCCAACGAUCUACGGCCAGGGUACCGGGCCCUUAAACACCUACUCGAUUCAGCUUCCUGCGAUAAUUGCGGACGCUAUUCAGUCCGGUGCGGUCAGUCUCGUGGGAAAGGGAGACACGAUUUGGAGCCAUGUGCACGUCCAGGAUGUGGCGGGAUUAUUUAUCACUCUUCUCCAGAAGAUCUGCACCAAUAUCACGAUCCCAUCUGGCCGUAAAGGAAUCUACUUCUGCGAGACCGGUGAGCAUUCACACCGUGAGUUCUCGGAGCGGCUCGCCAGAGCCGCCUAUGAGAUAGGGGUGCUCCCAACGGCAGAUGUUAAGGAGAUUACUCUAGAGCAGGCAGGGGACAAGCUGGCCCUCGGCAGUGUCUCCAGAGCCGAGCUGGCCUUUGCCGCAAAUGCUCGCACGAAAGCCGUGAUGGGACGUAAGCUGGGUUGGACUCCACUGCAUGGCGAGGAGUGGGAGAGUACGUUCCGCACCGAAGUCGAGGCAUUCAUAAAGAGCCCCCCUGCUCCAAAGGAGGUUCCAGAGUUUCUCAGGAAGACUUAGAAGUGCCUGUUGUCGUAUAUGGGCCUUCCCUUUAAAUGAAAUUGCAUGGGGGAGCUGCACACACUGUCGAAUCAAUACACUUGUGUAUGCUUCGGAGGGCUUAUCGAGAAUUGACCGUGCGAAUAUGUGGCUUAAGAAGAUACAAAGGAUAGAUAAUUGCAAUCAAUGCCCAGGCCAGUAUUAUCUUCCCUGGGGACACGGAGGCCGAAUAUCGAAUACAUGGG